GCGGCAAGCCAUAGAUUCUUUUCUUUGACAUAUUUCUUCGUUUUCCCCGAUCUCCCUCUCUCCUAGGGUUCAUACUCAAAUUCUGAAUUGUAUCAGAUUCAACGAUUUCUUCACUCCCGUGCUCUACUUGAAGCCAAAAUGGAAGGAGGAGGUAGUUUGGAUUCUCAAAUAGAGUCUUUGUUGAAUGUGGAGAAGCAGAUGAGACUUAAUGGCGACGUUGCCGGUACAAAGAAGGCCGCGAUUGAUAUUCUUAAACUUUGCUUCGAAAGUCGUGCUUGGAAGACACUAAAUGAUCAGAUUGUUGUGUUGUCCAAGAGGCGUGGUCAGUUGAAGCAGGCUGUCACUGCUAUGGUGCAACAAGCAAUGCAAUAUAUCGAUGAGACUCCAGAUGUUGAAACUAAGAUUGAGCUUAUCAAAACACUUAACAGUGUAUCUGCUGGGAAGAUUUAUGUAGAGAUUGAGAGAGCCCGAUUGAUUAAGAGGCUAGCUAAGAUUAAGGAGGAACAGGGGGAAAUAGCUGAGGCUGCUGAUUUGAUGCAAGAGAUUGCGGUGGAAACCUUUGGUGCUAUGGCAAAAACCGAAAAGAUUGCGUUUAUUCUUGAUCAAGUCCGUUUGUGUUUAGACCGCCAAGAUUAUGUGCGUGCACAGAUCCUUUCUAGAAAGAUUAGUCCAAGAGUUUUUGAUGCUGAUGCCUCAAAAGAGAAGAAGAAGCCAAAAGAAGGCGAGAGCCUUGUUGAAGAAGCUCCUGCUGAUAUACCAUCAUUGCUGGAAUUGAAGCGAAUUUACUAUGAACUCAUGAUUCGAUACUACUCACACAGCAAUGACUAUCUUGAAAUAUGCCGGUGUUACAAAUCAAUAUAUGAGAUCCCUGCUGUCAAAGAGGACCCUGCUCAGUGGAUUCCAGUAUUGCGAAAAAUUUGCUGGUAUCUAGUACUGUCACCACAUGAUCCUAUGCAGUCAAGCCUUUUAAACUCUACAUUGGAUGAUAAAAAUCUUUCAGAAAUUCCUCAUUUCAGGUCACUUCUAAAACAACUGAUCACGAUGGAGGUGAUUAAGUGGACUGAAUUGUGGAAUACAUUUAAGGACGAGUUUGAGAACGAAAAGAACAUGCUAGGUGGCUCUUUGGGAGACAAAGCUGGGGAGGAUCUUAGGGAGAGAGUUAUCGAGCAUAAUAUUCUGGUUGUUUCAAAGUACUAUGCGAGGAUAACGAUAAAACGACUAGCAGAUCUUCUGUGUCUGACUGUUGAGGAAGCUGAAAAGCAUCUGUCUGAUAUGGUUGUAUCAAAAGCAUUGGUAGCAAAGGUAGAUAGACCAACGGGUGUGGUGUGCUUUCAGUCGGCUAAGGAUAGCAAUGACAUCCUAAAUUCAUGGGCCAUGAACUUGGAGAAGCUACUUGAUCUGGUUGAGAAGAGUUGCCACCAAAUUCACAAGGAAACCAUGGUUCACAAAGCUGCCUUGAAAGUAUGAAAAUGGAACGAGUUUAUGACGGAAAUGGAGACAGAAAGCUUAAAAUAGGUAUGCUGCUGCUGGGUAGAAAUGUAAAAUUUGCACCUUCCUUUUAUUUUGGUUUUGAUGAAUUUUGUUACAAAUACUGAUUCCACAGGGGUAUGUUGUAACUUUUCUUGAAUUCUAAUUACACUUCUUCAUUCGAAUGCCCAUCACCUUUGACCUC